UUCAUGUCGCUUUGGCCUGGACUUGGCCUGGUGUGUACAAGACUACAGAGUCUGGCAGGAACUCUGGCUCGUGUAUGAUCACUUUGGCAACUGAGCAAAAGGUGGUGGGAAUAUAAUCAGAAGUCAGAAGGCCAAAAGCAUCUCAAAUUGCUUUCGGGGUAUCCAAGCUUGGCGGGUCGCAGCGUCGCAGCGUCGCAGCCCUCGUUUCUAUUCUCAGCUUUUUUGUUUUCGCCUUCUCUUUCUUUCAUUAUUUUUGCUUUGGCUUUGCAACCCAGCCUUUUUAUGAAACUGUAGAUUUUCAAAAAGCUGUUCAGUUAGUCUACUAGCUAGUUCACCAUGACAAGCGCUACAGCAGCCCUGAACCAAUAUUUUCGGGAUCUGUUUGCCGCAGCUCCUGCUUCGGUAGAAAAGAUUGUGGUCGUGCCUGACAAUGUGGGUGCCAUGCCAGAAGAACUCUCUCACAGCGCCAGGGUGUCCUUGCUCAGCCACAGCAGUCACCACUUGCAGGGCAGCUGUCGAUGGGAGAGUGCGCCUGCUAACUCCUGUACUAGUGGCAGUCCUGAUUACCGUCGAAGAUUAGUACAAGAUGACGAUGGUGACUCUGUCGAUGACUCUGACCUUGACUAUGGAUACAGCAGCAGCAGCACCAAUAGCGAUAGCGACGAGGACUCCUCCGACGACAGUACACCACGGUUGGCGCAUCCUCCCGUCGUCUGCACCAACUCGGCUCCUCGACGGCCGCAACGCCGCAACAGUCUUCCACCCAAAGAAGACAAGAUCGUCACAACGACAUCGCUCAAGCAACAGCUGCGGUACGUCGACGACAUGUGGGGUCCUUCCACCGCUUCUGGUUCUGCUCGUCAAAGCAGAAGCAAGACGCCGUCACCUCCCAAACACCUACCGGGGUCUCCACCCGACCGACCCAAACGAACAUGCUCACCGCCACCGGCGGCCUAAGCUACCCUAGUCCAACCAUGGACUUUUUGAUACACAUUCCUUUUUAUAUUCAAGGCUAUCUAUCUAGCCAAGCUAGGUAGCUGCAUGAUGCACUAUACUGUAAAUAAUAGUAUUCAUACUCAACUGUACAAACA